UGGGCUUGAACGCAGGCGUACUGAGUAUAUUGAGAGAAAGGGGACGAAAAUUCCUCCUAUAAUCACAACUUCGGAGCUGAGCGGAACUGUCAUUUGGCGACAAAGUCGGAGAUUUCAUUAUGUCGACCUCGCCGUACCACAUAGCUUCUCUCCUGGAUAAGAUGACAUCAAGUGAUAAGGAUUUCAGGUUCAUGGCAACAAAUGACUUGAUGGCUGAACUACAGAAAGACUCCAUUAAACUGGAUGACGACAGUGAAAGGAAGGUUGUUCAGAUGCUUUUGAAAUUACUAGAGGACAAGAAUGGUGAAGUGCAGAACCUCGCUGUCAAAUGCCUUGGCCCUCUGGUUAGCAAAGUCAAGGAGCACCAUGUGGAGACUAUAGUGGAUUCUCUGUGUUCAAACAUGCUUUCUGAUAAUGAGCAGCUAAGAGACAUCUCAAGCAUUGGUUUGAAAACUGUUAUUGGUGAAUUGCCUCCUGCUUCUUCCUCAUUGGCUGCCAACAUCUGCCGUAGAAUAACUGGUCGGUUAACAAAUGCAAUUUCCAAGAGUACUGAUGUGUCUGUUCAGUUGGAAGCCUUAGACAUUCUUGGAGAUCUUCUGAGCAGGUUUGGAGGUCUCUUGGUAUCAUAUCACCAGUCCAUUCAGCAGGCUUUGUUGCCACAACUAACGAGUGCAAGACUAGCAGUCCGAAAGAGAACAAUCAUUGCACUUGGCCAUCUUGUGCUAAGUGCAAACAGUAGCUUGUUUGUUGAAUUGAUGGAUCACUUGUUAGCUGAGCUGAAACAAAAUGCCUCACAUUCCACCACUAGGACUUUUAUUCAAUGUAUAGGAGCAAUAUGUCGCCAAGCAGGCCACAGAGUUGGAGAGCAUUUGGAGAGGAUCAUACCGAUGAUAGUGCAGUAUUCUAAAGUUGAGAAUGAUGAUGAGUUGCGAGAAUACUGCAUUCAGGCUUUUGAGUCCUUUGUGUGCAGAUGUCCAAAGGAAGUUACCCCGUACAUUCCAAAGAAAUGUACAGUACAUCGCAUAUGUGAAAAUCUGAUAUUUUCAGGUCUCUUGGUAUCAUAUCACCAGUCCAUUCAGCAGGCUUUGUUGCCACAACUAACGAGUGCAAGACUAGCAGUCCGAAAGAGAACAAUCAUUGCACUUGGCCAUCUUGUGCUAAGUGCAAACAGUAGCUUGUUUGUUGAAUUGAUGGAUCACUUGUUAGCUGAGCUGAAACAAAAUGCCUCACAUUCCACCACUAGGACUUUUAUUCAAUGUAUAGGAGCAAUAUGUCGCCAAGCAGGCCACAGAGUUGGAGAGCAUUUGGAGAGGAUCAUACCGAUGAUAGUGCAGUAUUCUAAAGUUGAGAAUGAUGAUGAGUUGCGAGAAUACUGCAUUCAGGCUUUUGAGUCCUUUGUGUGCAGAUGUCCAAAGGAAGUUACCCCGUACAUUCCAAAGAUUACAGAGCUCUGCUUGGAUUUCAUUUGCUACGAUCCAAACUACAACUAUGGAAGUGAUGAUGAAGAUGAAUUCAUGGAAACAGACAUAGAGGAUGAUGAAGAAGAGGAGGAGGAUGAUGACUACAGCGAUGAUGAUGACAUGAGCUGGAAGGUUCGCAGGUCUGCAGCUAAGUGUUUGUCAGCCGUGCUGGGAUCACGACCAGAACUACUGUCCGAGUUUUACAAAUCAGUUUCUCCAGCACUGAUUGCCAGAUUCAAAGAGAGGGAAGAGAAUGUGAAGGCUGACAUAUUUGCAGCUUAUAUCACCCUCCUGCGGCAAACCAGACCUGUGGCCAGCCAGACACUUGAUGCUGAUGAUAUGGAGGAUGAUUCAGGACCAGUGAAUCUCUUAACCAGCCAGAUACAGUCUAUUGUCAGAGCUCUGCACAAGCAGCUCAGAGAAAAAAGUGUCAAAACCAGACAGGGAUGUUUUCAUUUGCUGCUGGAGCUCGUUGCAGUUUUACCUGGAGCUUUGUCUGACCACAUUAGUGCUAUUGUUCCUGGAAUACAGUUCUCUCUGGGAGACAAGAGUUCAACAUCAAACAUGAAGAUCGACACGUUAGCAUUUCUUGGCUGCAUCUUAGCUCAGCAUCCUCCCAAAGUCUUCCAUCCACACAUUCACGUGCUUGUCCCACCUGUUGUAGCAGCGGUCGGUGAUCCAUUCUACAAGAUCACAUCAGAAGCCUUGAUGGUGACACAGCAGCUAGUCAAGGUCAUCAGGCCUCAUGGAGUUCAGUCAAGCUCUUUUGAGUUCAAACCAUAUGUGAGGAAUAUCUACCAGUGUACGCUCACAAGGCUAAAGGCUGCCGAUAUUGACCAGGAGGUCAAAGAGAGAGCCAUAUCGUGCAUGUGUGUGUGUGUGUGUUGGUUUAAGUCGUGUCCAUUAUGGUUGUCAAGAAAUCUUGUGUCUCUUCUGUCAGGUUAUUUAUUGACGCAGGAGAACAUUUCAGGAGUGUUGACUGAGGUGCCACCACUAAUCAGUGAAAGUGAUCUUCAUAUCUCUCAGGUACAUACACCCUCUACUGGAGUCGGCUUGUCUUUCAUGAUCACUACUUGCAUAAAUAGUUUUGCCUUUUUUCCAGAUAAGCACGCUCAUGUGCAUUCCACCCCCUUCUUCCAAAGUUGUUGUUCUGUUCUCUCUAACAAUAAAAUACUUCUUUUCGGUUUCCAGGCUUGCUCUUCAACUCUACCUGCAAUAAUGGGCUUAAUAAGAUCACCACUUCUCCAAGGCGGUGCAUUGAAUGCCACUCUGACCCUCCUGACUGAGCUGGUCAUGUCUGGCAUGAAAGGAAUGGGAUUCAAAGAUCUCUUCCAGAUGUUAGUAUCUCCGAUUUAUUCUUCAAGCCAUGGUAAUCAACAGACAGUCAUCCAUAAACAGGCUUUCCACUCCAUCGCUAAAUGUGUUGCUGCAUUAGCCAUGUCAUGUCCAUCUGAUGGCCAAUCUGUCGUGAACCAGUUUGUUAAAGAUAUUCAGAGUGCAAAAGUUUCUGAUCCAGUCAGGUUGUUUUCGCUGCUCUCACUGGGUGAAAUAGGAAGACACAUUGACCUCAGCAGUCACCAGGAUUUGGCUGAGGCCAUUUUGGAUUGUUUCUCAUCUCCAUCAGAAGAAAUAAAAUCAGCAGCUUCCUUUGCACUAGGUAAAAUCGCUGCCGGUAAUUUGAAGUUGUACCUGCCGUUCCUACUCAAGGAGAUUCAAGCAAAUCCCAAGAGACAAUAUCUGUUGCUUCAUUCUCUCAAAGAGGUUAUAUCAUGCGAAGCGGGAAGCUCGAGGGGAGUUGAAGCUCUAAAACCAUUCAUUGGUUCGAUAUGGACCUUGUUGUUCAGUCACUGUGAAAGUACAGAGGAAGGUACAAGGAACGUUGUUGCUGAGUGUCUUGGCAAACUGACGCUUGUUGAUCCACUGCGGCUUCUACCACAACUUAAGGUUUGUGUUAAUCCGCAGGAAUUAGGGAGCUUAGAUCCCGUCCACACUACUGUGGAGAAAUUUGAAAACGCAGGUUAGGCCUA